AUGCUUUUGCUCGAUUACCACAAUGUCCUGAUCCAGACCCUCCUGACAGAGCGGUUCUCAGGAGCUCCCCCGGCCUCAAUCGAUCAAGUUGUCUCGGAUUUUGACGGCGUGACUUUCCACCUCUCGACCCCCGAAAGUAAAACCAAGAUCCUCAUCUCCAUCAACGUGAAAUGCUUCAAAGAGCUGGUCGAAUACGGUGCCCAGCAGGUGCUGGAGCGGGAAUACGGCCCAUAUAUUGUUUCCCCAGAACCUGGUUAUGAUUUCUCUGUACAAAUCGACCUGGAGGAUCUACCCGCCGAACAAGAAGCCAGGGACGAGCUAGUUAUGAGGCUUGCAUUGAUGAAGCGCCAUGCUAUGGCUUCCCCUUUCGAGAGAGCGUUUGACGAGUUCGCAAAGCUGGCGGAGGAAGCCUCACAGUACACUUCGGAAUCUGCCCCGCAGGGUGUGAAGGAGGGAGGUCAAGUCAUGGCCGUUCAUUACCGGGAAGAGGAGGCAAUCUAUAUCAAAGCAAGCUGGGAUCGUGUGACUGUGAUCUUUAGCACCGUCUUCAGGGAGGAGACUGAUCGGAUCUUUGGCAAGGUGUUCUUGCAGGAAUUCGUCGACGCUAGAAGACGUGUAUUGACCUUGCAGAACGCUCCUCAAGUGCUUUUCCGUAACGAUCCUCCGCUGGAGUUGGAGGGCGUCCCGGGUCUCCAGAACGCGGGCGAAGGUGAAAUCAGCUAUGUGACCUUUGUUCUUUUCCCCCGUCACUUGACUCCCCAGCGCCGUUAUGAGAACAUCUCCCACAUUCAGACCUUCCGUGACUACUUCCACUACCAUAUCAAGGCCUCCAAGGCAUACAUCCACACCAGAAUGCGCAAGAGGACAGCGGACUUCCUCCAGGUCCUCAACAGAGCUCGUCCAGAAAACGAGGAGAAAGAAAGGAAGACGGCCAGUGGACGUACCUUCCGAGUCCAAGGCUAG